UCGCUUCACCCAACCAAAAUGCUGAACCGACAAGAUUCUCUACUCUCCUCCUCCCGCCGGCAAACACCGCCGCCGGAAAAUCGCCGUCGAGGGAAAUCUGUCGGUUGCAUGUCCGGAAUCUUCCAGCUCAUCUCCAAAUACCAAAGCAGAACCAAACGCCUUACGUCUGGUGGAAAGCGAGGAAAAUUGAGCGAAGAUUCAUCUCCGGCGAACAAGAAAGUAACAGUGGAUGAUCAGAAUAAUAAUGAAGUAACUGUAGAGAAAAGUCCCGGUCUGCCACCGGAGCUCCGCCGUCGAGCCUCGGCGGAAAAUGCAAAAACUCGGCCGUCCGCAUUGGUGGUGCGGCUGAUGGGGCUGGAGGAGAAGUGCUCGCCGGUGGUUGCGGCGGAAGGAGAAACGUUGACGGAAGUGAAGAGAAAGAUGCUGUUAAAGGCGUUAGACAAGUGCAACCAAGACUUGGAAGCGCUUAAGAAAAUUAUAAAGGCCGUGGAGUCGUCGUCGUCGUCAUCGGCGAGCGGCGCAUCCACUCCGCCGCCGCCGCCGCCGGCUGUGGAAACAUGCAAGAAAAAAUCUACGGCGGAGCAUCAGCUUCUGAGUCCGAUCAGCGUGUUAGACGAGCAGAUGAUAAGUCGUUCGCCACCUUUGACCAAAAUUCACGACAAUGCAAUCCACAUUGUGCAAAGGAGCAAGAAGGCAGGGACAGAUUAUGACAGUACCAACUGUAUUCUGAAGAAGUUCACGACGAGUUCUUUCCGAACAAAGCGCGAGGCAGUUGCCGCCUCUCCUGUAAUGUGGUGCAGCAAAGCGAUGGUUCAGAGCGUGGAGGAAGUGUGCAGAGACAUAGCUUGCGGCGAGCACAGAGAGGGUGGAAAAAUCGGACUGGUUUUACAAGAUUACAUCUGCGCAGACUUGAUUCAAGAGCUCGUUAAAGACUUGGGCUCCUCCUCCUCCUCUCCUUGCGCGGUUUCACUCCCCUUCGAGGCAUGUAGGAGAAGGCUGUGUCUCUAGAGUGUGUGGUUUUCCUUUUCAUUACUGACUCUAGGCACAAUUUUAUUUUUCAUAAACAGGAAGAUCUGUAAACAUACAAUAACAUUAUAGUUUCUUGAUCCAAAUGAAUGAGAUUAAUUGAACCAGUUUGGCGCUCAA